CGUAAUAUUCAAGCGCCGACUACAGUGUUUAGUAAACGCUAUGCGCGCGACACCGCCCACCUAGAUCCUUUCAAUGACAUUUAUCGAUUUUUCCGUUAUCAAAAACAAUUGCAAACAUGCACAGGUUUGUCAGACCUCAGCUUUUGCUUUGUGAUUCUAAACAGCCAUUAUUACCGACAGCGGGUCAACUUUGUACAAAUCACAAAUCUGUUGUGUCCAGUGUAAGGGCAUAUGUUGUAUUGCCUCCCACCAAUGAUGAAGAAGAAAAAGCCAUGCUUCACAGGAUGAUGAGAGUGGACCAUGCAGGAGAAUAUGGUGCCAACCGAAUCUAUGCUGGUCAGAUGGCUGUUCUUGGCCAUACACAAAUCAGUCCACUCAUUCAGGAAAUGUGGGAUCAAGAGAAGCAGCACCUGCGAAAGUUUAAUGAGAUACUGGCUGAGAACAGAGUGCGUCCGACCCUCCUGCUUCCGCUGUGGAACAUAGCAGGAUUUGCUCUUGGCGCUGGCUCUGCUCUCUUGGGAAAGGAAGGGGCGAUGGCCUGCACUGUGGCUGUAGAGGAGAGUAUCUCAGAGCACUACAACAGUCAGAUCAGAACUCUAAUGGAGAUAGAUCCUGAGAAGUACAGCGAACUGCUGCAGCUGAUUAAAGAAUUUCGGGAUGAUGAAAUGGAGCACCAUGACACUGGACUGGAGCAUGAUGCUGAAUCCGUGCCUGGAUACCAGCUGAUGAAAGCAAUCAUACAGGCGGGCUGCAAAGCUGCAAUAUGUGUCUCAGAACGUCUCUAAAUAUUUUCAGAGUAUUUAAAAGAGUUACCCGAAUAUCUUGUAAAUAUGGAUCUUUGAAGUGUUAAAAAUAUUUUCUACUGCACCAGCUUAAUUUGCAGAUGCAACUAUAAGCAAGCCAUUUUGGGUAAAUUUCUCCGAAAUGUGUAAACACUGUGGUUCUAUCAAAGUAUUUCUCUGUUUGUUUGAGCAUCCCAUCCUGCCCAACACAGUAAUAUAGACUCAGCCAAUGUUUAGGCUGGGACGUUUUCUUUGUGUGACCAGUAGGAGGAAUAUUUAGAAAGCCUGUUUUUAAAAAUUUAUUUUUUACAGUUUCAAUGUAGUGGCACUAGUGUUGUAGAAAUUACAUAUUUCAUCUGUAAUGACAUGUUCCUCACAGCAGUAUAAAUAUAUAUUUAAAAUCUAUUUAUUGCGAUUUUAUACAUGGCCAAAGUGUUUGUCUCAUUCUGUAAGGUAUAUUCAAGAAUAAUAUACUGUAACUUUUUAUCAAUCACAGUUGUGUUGCUAUUAAAGUCAUGUGUCUUUACAGGAUGUGUGUUUGCUAAGACAACUUUGAACACAAGAGGGCAGUCUUUGCCUGUUAGGUAAAAGGUAAUGUGCAGCCACCAACACAACAGGGCGGUCUGGACUCAACUGUUGAAAUUAUUUUUGGAGACCACACACAUAUUAUAUAAUAUGCUAUAAACAUGCUCAUUUGUUAUCUUAGUAUACGCAUAUACUGUGACACAUUUGCAUUGAGUAUUAGGGGAAGUUAUCACACAGGUAGCUAUGAAAACAUGUAGCAUAAUCUGUGUAGCAGAGACGUGGGAAACAGCUGUAACCAUCUCCCUGUGCUUCCCAUGACUUAAUCUAUGAGGGCAUGAAGUCAUCCUGGACAGUCCACAGAGAGUGUGAGACCCUGGUUUUCAGUUCUAGUGUCUUGAGAGUUUUUACAGUAUGUUGCCAAUUGGUGAAUUUGAUUUGAUAAGAAGAGAGCAGGCCAUUAGAAAUGCACAAAUUAUGCUCCAGGCCCCUUCCUUCACUUUGUCUAGAGUCUUCUAUGUUGACUGUACUGGAUAAAAGUUCUUGAGAGGCCCGUUUAGUUUGGCAGGUUCUGUUAGGGGGCAGAGCUACUGUAUGCUCGCAUUCAGAGAGAAGGCGGCUGAUGCAAUCCCAGUGUAAAUACAAAUAUUCCUCAGCUUUCAGUGUACCAUCAACUGUGACCACAUUUUGUGAGGUUUUCAACUGCCCACUAGCCACAGGCUGCCUCUCGCCCCUACUGCCUUUCUCUCCUACUUUUAAAGGUUUUUAUUUCUAAACAUAUCCCCCCAUAUAUUUGCAUUGCUUAAUGGCUUAAUGUGGUGCAGAAGCUGCCAUACAAACUUUUGUUCUCGUGAUGUGUCAGAGGAAGCUGACCCA